AUGAUAAGCGAGGAGAACCGCAAGGUGUUGGUGUGGGUCGCAGAGCUGUUAGAGCCGGGUAGGAGAGAGACGGCCCUAAUGGAGCUGAGCAAGAAGCGAGAGCAAGUGCCUGAGUUGGCUCUUAUUAUCUGGCAUUCAUUCGGCGUUAUGACAUCCUUGUUGCAAGAGAUUAUUUCCGUCUAUCCGCUACUCAACCCGUCACAGUUGACUGCCGCGGCAUCAAAUCGUGUUUGCAACGCACUUGCUCUCCUACAGUGUGUUGCGUCGCAUAACGAGACCAGGUCUCUCUUCCUCAACGCUCACAUCCCGCUUUUCCUUUACCCUUUUCUUAAUACCACCUCGAAAUCGCGCCCGUUUGAAUAUCUCCGUCUUACCUCUCUCGGUGUUAUCGGUGCUUUGGUGAAAAAUGAUUCGUCCGACGUCAUUAAUUUCCUUUUGACAACUGAAAUCAUUCCUCUUUGCCUUCGUAUCAUGGAAACCGGUUCUGAACUGAGCAAGACUGUUGCUAUUUUCAUCGUGCAAAAGAUCCUACUAGAUGACGUUGGCUUGGCAUACAUAUGUGCUACAUAUGAGCGUUUCUAUGCGGUAGGCUCCGUCUUAAGCAAUAUGGUAACCCAGCUCGUCGAACAGCAAACUGUGCGACUAUUGAAGCAUGUCGUUCGAUGCUUCCUUCGGCUCAGCGACAAUAACCGGGCUCGCGAGGCUCUUCGGCAGUGCCUUCCCGAACCAUUGCGCGAUGCUACCUUUUCAUCAGUCCUUCGUGACGAUGCCGCCACUAAGCGAUGCCUUGCUCAGUUGCUGAUCAAUCUUUCCGAUAAUGUCGAGGCCCCGGCUGGCAACCUCCCCGCUAUGUAA